GGCUCCAAGCCUGUUCCCCCUCGGAUCCUCUGGGACUACCAUCUGGCAUACCUGGAGUGUUCAUAUCCGAGCUUCAAGAUGCUUCGCUUCCAAGCUUCAUAGGACUCAUCUAGUGUUACUUCUUUCCCGUAUUUUGACGUUCACGCCGCUAUGCCCGUGCUCCGCAUGCACAACUCGAAUGAUGUUGUCUUAGUACCAGGGCAUCCAGGCGUUUCACUUGACCUCCGGCCGGACAGCCACCCGGCGCGUUUGUGGUUUGGAUGGGGCACAGGAUGGCAUCGGAACCGCAGAGUUGCUCGGCUUUUCACCUUGACUUAGGUAUCAUGAUCAUGACGUCUGGUCCGGAUUUCGAUCGUACUCCGUAUAUAAGCGCGACAGCGUGAUGAUAUGGGGGGCAAGAAUCCACCCAGACCGACUGCAGCAAUGCUCGACUCGAUGACAGUAUCCCCCGUAGCCCAGUGCCCGCCUGCAAUGUUCGCCGUCGACCACGGCAAUCGUUACGGUGAACGGAUUGCAAGUACCAGUCGCCAAGCCCUCGCCACACAGUCAUUGCUAACCCCCAAACGCACUACCACGUAUCCCCCGCAUGACGUGACGGUUCUUAAGAAGAGGAUCAUUGUAUGUUGCGAUGGUACAUGGCAGGACGGUACCGUCGUGGAUGCACGAUGGAAAUAUACGAAUAUCCUGCGUCUAUCCCGAGCGAUCCGACACGUCGAUACAAGAGUCAAUCCGCCUGUUCCACAGGUCGUGUUUUAUCAGUCGGGCAUUGGAUCUGCGAACAAUAUCUACUCGCAGCUCAUAGACGGUGCUACUGGCGCAUCACUCGCGGACAAGGUUGAAGAGGCCUAUGCCUUCAUUACCCAAAACUACCACCCUGGCGAUGAAAUCUUCCUCUUCGGAUUCUCUAGGGGCGCGUAUACCGCCCGAACGAUAGCUUCGCUCAUCGGCAAGAUCGGGGUGCUCAGCCGAACGGAUAUGGAUUAUUUCGCGAAAAUCUUCAUAGCGCUACAACGACUCGGAAAUCAAGACGACCUCGAGCCUGAAGAAAGAGCGGAGCUGGAGAAGACCAUUGCCCCAUGGACGGGGCCCAACGGUCCCGGAUGCAAACGCGCGACCGGUGGACCUCAGGGGUUCUCGGUGAAAUGUAUUGGAGUGUUCGACACCGUUGGAUCAGUCGGCCUGCCAGAGGAGCUGACUCGGUCGGAUCCUAAGACGAAGACGGUAUUCGGCUUUCAUAGUACCGAGCUUGGUCCUCACAUCGAGCGAGCAUAUCACGCAUUAGCUCUCCAUGAACGAAGGGCGGACUUCAAUUGUGCCAAGUUCAGACAGACGGAAGCGGGCCGGAGAAAGCGGCAGAUAUUGCGACAGUGUUGGUUUGCAGGGUGUCAUUCAGAUAUCGGCGGCGGCUACCCAGAACCAGAUUUAGCGAAUAUAACCCUUGCAUGGAUGGCUGCACAAGUUGGCGACAUCCUCUACGUCGAUACUGACUACCUUGGAUCACGUCUUGAAGCAGUAUCGCCAUGGGGCGAGCUCCCUCCACACGACUCGAUAGUCGGGGUGUUCAAGGUGGCAGACAAAAUACAACGCCAAUUGCCAAUGAAGACAGAUGAUGUGACACAUGAAACGAUCCACCCCUCGCUUCUCAAGCAGAAGAUAAUCAUCCCCGAACUCGCCGAAGUCCUCAAGAGAAACCCGUCGCUUGUUUGCCAGCUACUGCCGUUGGAGCACGAGCUGUACAAAGGUUGGACGGUCACUGGGACAACGAAGACUGCCUCCAACCAGUACUUGAGCGAAGCCGUCAGGGCUGUGCGGGCGGGAAAAUCUGGAGGUUUGGUGGAUACAAUCAUGUCUUGGUCAAAACAACCGGUGAUCAUCCCAAGAUACUUCCACGUCGGAGGGAGUCUGGUGUUUUCCGUUGCACUGGCAGCUGCCUAUUAUUAUUACCUCAGAGUAUCCCGCAUGUAAAUCUUGUUCCACAUUCCCGACGCGUAGUACGUCUCAUUGUUCAUGUAUCCACCAUAUUCCACUAUUCUGUAGUAUGUAGCACCUCACUGACUCAUAUUUCUCAUCAAAUUUACUGAAUACUGAAUCGCUCAAA